AUGUCUCUCCCAGAAGGACCGUUGUCGACCCCAGAUCUAUAUUAUCGAUCACGUGGUUCGCCAGCGCAUUAUUCCAACACAACUAUGCCCUUGAGCUAUCCAUGUUGUGACAUGACACUAUUUUUUUAUCGUUGUGAGGAAAAUGAAAAUGCGGAUUUUUUCAAACUUGAUGAUUCUAUGAGAUUAUCAGCUAAAAAUGGAAUAAUGUUGGUGGCACAAGAAAUGAUGGAUUUUUGUCAUUUUGAUCAGAUUUGA